UGUAUAAAUAGUAAAAAACAUAUCAAAAUAUAAUAUCUCUUUUGAAGGAAAUCCGGCGUGAUGGAAUUGUUUCUCGUAAGAAACGCGGAGAAAGUGCCCUAAGUUCCUUUUAACAAACGCACGAUUUAAUUUACGAGACAAACGAUCGAUACAACACGAUCGUACACACAUGCAUACGUGCAUACUCUGUAUGCAUUUCGUCACGCGCGAACGACGAGAACGGAUAGAAUCGCGGGUAGAAACGAACGGACGCCCGCUCUCGAAGGCCUCGUUUACAACCGUCGAGAGCGAGCGAACGACGCGAUGGCGAGAUCGCCAAGGAGACCUGUCUCAUGUUUUUCUCCCGCACGAAUCCCAGGCUCUAUACCGGCGUUCUACAGAGAGGUCUACGAGAAGAUUUGCUCGCCCACCAACGGAAACGUCAAGCUCGAGGUGUUCCGGUCUCUCCUCGUCAAGUCACAGUUAAACGGUUCCAUCGUCAGUCAGAUAUGGAAACAAGUAGACAGUAAGACGGGUUAUCUUACGAGAAGUGGACUCUACAAGGGACUUGCUCUUGUCGCCUUCGCUCAACAAGGAAAGCAACCUAGCGAUAAGCUGUUGGAAAAUUCCGAAUCUCAAGAAUUACCCGUGCCUGUCCUGGGUGAUCUGUCGGAAGUGACGUUAUUGGCGCAGAGGCUGCACAGAGGCAAUCCAACCAAGCUGAGUCACACAUACUCGGACAUCUGCAAUCUCGACAUUAUCGAGGUCAACCUUGUUCCCGAGAAAAAGGGUAUUUUCCUGAAGCACGUGGAAUAUCAAGUCACUAGUAAGAGAUUCAAUUCUGUGGUCUACAGACGUUAUAAUGACUUCGUGUCACUGUACGAUCUCCUUUUGGCCCGGUUUCCUUAUAGAUUGAUACCCAAAUUACCACCGAAGAAGAUCGUGGGAGCGGACUCACAAUUUCUCGAGGAAAGGCGGCGUUCCUUAUUGCGGUUUCUUACACUAAUCGCUCGCCAUCCGGUGGUGAGCGGGGACCCGAUCGUACAGUUCUUCUUCACGUUCACCGGCGACGAAACGCAGUAUAAGAUCCGCGAGGUAUUUAAACGCGUCCCAGAUGAGUUCGCGACAUCGGAACUAUCGUCCAGAGCGAAGGAGUUGAUGCCGCCCGAGACGCUAACCGAGUUCGCGAACAGUCGCGAUCAGAUACGCGUGAUACUUUUCGGGGUCUCGCGACUCAAGCAUAUCGCCGACAAUCUGGCAAUCAGAUCGCACAAUUACGCCGUGGAUAUGGCCGAGCUCGGCAAUCAGCUGAGCACUUUGGCGGCGGAACAGCAUGGCACCGGUACUUGGGUCACUGGCGGUUCCAGUCUCUGGCAAGACAUGAAGAAGGGCUUUCAUGUAAUCUCAAAAGAGUUCAACCUGCUAUCGAGCAGAGCUCUGCAACAGGCGGUCAGAGAGGAGACCAUGGUCUGCGAAAGAUUGAAUCUUCUUCUUGAUAUUUUAGUCGCACACAGAAUGUUGUGCGAGAGACACGAGCGAGGUGUCAACGCCGAUCAUCAACGUGCCCUGUCCACUAUGUUAUCUCUCAAGAAGCGGCAGAUGCAAGGUGUUAUUCGCGGAACCGACGCUGACACUGUCGAGUACCUUGAGAACAAGAUGGUCUCCCAGGAAUCGGUUAUCGCCAACGUCGAGCUGAGAAAUUGCUUCUCGCUGCUGUGUCUGCACAUGGAGACUCAGCUCGUUCAUGCACACCUGGAAAUACUCGCCACCGUGCUGCAGAGUCUCGUGAGCGUACAAAUCCGCGGACAUUCCGAGUUGGCUGAAGUGUGGAAACUAAUCGAACCGACGAUUACUAAGUGUUUACCUGAGAAGUUGGCAAGCGGAUCCAGCGAAGGAUAGCAUAGCAAAGUAUUCAUGUUUAUCUCAGCAGAUCAUGCGCUGUCAAUAAUUGACAAUCUCUAAAUUUGUAUACAAUUAUUAAUAAACAUAUGGUACAUAUAUAUUAUGUGAUUGUCGAAGGAAGAAGAAAGAGUUACAAAAUUCAAUUUGUCCAGUGACUACAUAUAGAAUCUAUAUGCUAAUAUUAAUGUUAUACAUAUAUUAAUUGAUUAUAGAUUCUUGUACUAUUUUGUAUAUCGCU